AUGGCGGGUGUCAACCAUACGCCUGUCUCAGCUGCCGCGUCCGAGGCUGUAUCGGGUCGCAAGCGCAAUGUCACCAUUGCGGGCAUGGAUAGUUCGCCGGGGAGCAUCGAAGAUGCCGAUGAUAAUGAUGCGCGAGAGGAUAGGAGGCGACAGCCGGUGAAGCGUGCCUGUAAUGAGUGUCGACAGCAGAAGCUCCGAUGCGACGUCAUUCAAGAUCCCUGGUCCGAUUGUUCGCGGUGCCGUCGACUGAAGCUCGAUUGCAAAAUUGAGUCCAAUUUUAAACGCGUCGGGAAGCGCAGUCGGAAUGCCGAGAUGGAGCGUGAAAUCAUUGAGCUCAGGAAGCAAAUUGCUUCCUCCGGCCCGGGGGUGCCUCAACAGCAACAGCAACAGCAACAGCCGGUCGACACGCCCAAGCAGGAUUCAAAUCAGGUCAGCCCUGCUGUCUAUCAGACCCCAUCGGCCAUGUCCGCAGAUCAGUACAUGGGCUCCCAGGAAGCGGUUGCUUCGCUAUUGGAUUUGCGCUCGGGCUUCGACGGCUCCAACUAUAUGCGCAAUGGAGGAGCACAGGUCAAGCGCAUUGAGGAUGUCAUGGUGGUGCCGGAGAAAGUCAUCGAGUUGUUCAACCUGUUCUUCACUUAUUAUCACCCAUUCCUCCCGUUUCUCGACCGGAAGCAGCCCCCAGAGGAAUAUUAUAAUAUCUCGCCAUUGCUGUUCUGGACGAUCAUCAGCGUUGGCGCCCGACGCUACCAAAGCGAUUCGACUUUGUUGAACUCUCUUGCUGGUCCUGUGACUCGACUGGUGUGGAGUACUCUAGCGGACAUUCCCCAAAGUUAUCAUGUCGUCAAGGCGCUCUGUCUGCUGUGCUCUUGGCCCUUCCCCACGAGCAGCACCUCCACCGAUCCCACGUUCAUGCUGUGUGGAAUGAUGGUACAGGUAGCUAUGCAGCUGGGUCUUCAUCGCCCAUCCCAUUCCCAGGACUUCAGCAAAUUUCGGGUGGAGCUCAUUGAGGAUGAGCUUAAAGACAAGGUCCGGACGUGGGCUAUUUGCAACAUAGUUGCGCAACGUGUUUCAACUGGCUAUGGUCAGCCACCAUCGACGCUAUAUGAUUGGACUCUGUCCUCCAGCGACUCGUUAGAUCCAAAUCUCAAGCUACCAGGAGAUAUCAAACCCAGGCUCGAAAUCGAGAAGUUUUGUGACAAGAUCACCCGAGCGCUUUACACGAACCGACGAGAUCCUGUUGGGUUAACCGGAGAUCAGGAAAGGUUUGCGAUGAUAUCGUUUUUGUCACGGGACUUCGAUGAGCUCGAGGAACAAUUCAAGGCACAGAAUGACUGCAUCACCGAUCUAUAUCUCCAUGCUUCCAAUCUGCAUUUACACCUCUCAGCUUUCUUUGACGAUCCAAAUGCGAAGGAUUAUCGGGAGCGUGUUUUAUCUCUCUAUGUGGCGACCACGUCCUUCCUUGAAGUUGCCAUGAACCUAGAAACUGAGGUUGGGCCCGUCCUCUCCUACACCCCAUACUAUAUCUACCAGAUGAUGGUUGCGGCGGGCUGCACGCUUCUCAAGCUGUGCAAGGGCUUCUUCGCAGCCCAUAUCGACAUGGAGUACACCAAACACUUGUUUAAUCGAACCAUCUGGGCCAUUCGGGGAGUUUCUGUGUCGAGUAACGACCUGCCUGAGAGACUGGCCGAGGUGCUGGCGCAGAUGUGGAGACUAGGCGGGGCGCCACAACGUUCUUCCACCCACACUGAUGUAGAUGACUCCUUGAGACUCAAAGUCCGCUGUCGGAUGAGCAUGUCUCUGCUGUUUGACUCGGUGUGGCGAUGGCGCGAGGAUGCGCGGACCAAGGGACGAAACAUUGAAGCCUAUUUGAAGAACCCUACAAAUCCAGACUCAACGGCCGAUUCAUCUGCUGCCUCAUCUGUUGGUCCCAUUCGCACCGCCUCCUCUACACCCGGCAUCUCUGGCGGCGACCCAAGCCUUGCGCCAGCUCCCAUGUUGUCGCAAGCCAGCCUUGGGGUCCAAGGAUCCACGAACGGGGUCAGUGGACUCCCAAGUGGAUUUAUGGAGCCCAACUACGAAGUUUUCGAUCCACUAAACUGGCUUCUUGACGGCUUGGUGGAUCUGCCUUACUCAUAUUCGACGAUGGGUGGCAUGGAGUCCCAGGGCAUUGCAUAA